AUGGGACUGCUAAAAUUCAUACAUACCCUUUUUGGACUUGUUGGGUUCAAUAGACCAUUCCAAAGAGCAUUCAUUUUCUUUUUGAUUCCAUAUUGCUUAACUGUGGAUUUCAGAGCGCCCCCUAUUAUCCCCAAUGUGCCUUUUGUCUGGGCCUGGAAUGCCCCAACUGAACUUUGUGUUGGAAAGUUUGAUGAACCAUUAGAUAUGAGCCUCUUCUCUUUAAUUGGAAGUCCCCGAAAAGGCAGCACAGGACAAGGGGUUACAAUAUUCUAUGCUGAUAGACUUGGCUACUACCCUUUCAUAGAUACGAAAAAUGUACAAAUAAAUGGAGGAAUUCCCCAGUUGGGGAACUUACAAAAGCAUCUGGACAAAGCUAAGACAGACAUCUUACAUUACAUCCCAACAGACAAUGUGGGCUUGGCUGUCAUUGACUGGGAAGAAUGGAGACCCAGCUGGGUAAGAAACUGGAGGCCUAAGGAUAUCUACAGGAAUAAAUCUAUUGAGUUGGUUCAACAACAAAAUCCACAAAUUAAUAUCACAGAUGCCAUAAAGAGAGCCAAAGAAGAAUUUGAAAAAGCAGGAAAAAAUUUCAUGCUAGAGACAUUAAAGUUGGGAAAAUCACUUCGGCCAAAUCACUUAUGGGGCUAUUAUCUUUUUCCUGAUUGUUACAACCACAACUAUGCUAGUCCCAAUUAUAAAGGGUCAUGCCCUGAUAUAGAAAAGAAGAGAAAUGAUGGCAUCAACUGGUUGUGGAAGGAAAGUACUGCCCUUUACCCAUCCAUUUAUCUCAGGAGCAACUUCCAGUCUUCGGUAAAAGCUGCCUUAUUUGUCCGUAAUCGUGUGCAGGAGGCUAUUAGGGUUUCUCAGAAACCUAAUCCUCAAAAUCCUCUGCCAAUUUUUGUAUACGCACGCCUAGUUUUUACUGAUGUAACUUCUGAGUUCCUUUCUCAGGAUGACCUUGUUAAUACAAUUGGUGAAAGUGUUGCUCUGGGGGUCUCUGGAAUGAUAAUAUGGGGAACUCUUGGUUUAGCACGAAGUAUGAAAUCUUGCUUGAUCCUAGAUGAUUAUUUGAAAAAUAUCCUGAAUCCUUAUUUAAUCAAUGUCACCCUAGCAGCCAAAAUGUGUAGCCAAGCCCUUUGCAACGAACAAGGAGUGUGUACAAGGAAUCACUGGGACUCAAGUGACUAUCUUCACCUGAACCCAGCGAAUUUUGCUAUUCACCUUGAGAAAGAUGGAAAGUAUAAAGUGCAUGGGAAGCUUACCCUGAAAGACCUGCAGGAAUUUCCCAAAAAAUUUCAUUGCAGCUGUUACAGCAACUUGAACUGUAAGGAGAGAACAGAUAUGCGAAGGGUUGAAAUAAUUAAUGUGUGUGCUAAUCAAGAUGCUUGUAUAAACACCCAUCUGAGUCGAGACAGCGGUAUUGAUCCUACCCUGGAAAUAAAGGAUGUUCCUCCUGUCAGUGAUAUAACGUCUAUCAAAUCGUCUACCACGCUGUCUCCACGAGUUCCCAGAAAAUACAUCACUGGGUGCCUUCCAGUUCUAGCUAUGUAUUACCAGUAUUUGAAAUAUUUGCAAUAGGCUUCUGGCAAUUAGAAAAUGCAACAUUGACUUAUCUGACAAGAUGAGUUUUAUAUCACAUUCAUAAGAUUCUAUUUUGGGUUUCAAAAGCAAAAUACAAAGCACUUAUUGGAAGCCUGUAGCACUUGGAACGGCUAGUUUUCUUCUGAUGAGAGUGAAGCCAAAUUACUGAAAAACGAAUAUCUGAAAUUUACAAUAAAAAUUUCA